GCACUCUUCGUUUAUAAUGUCAGCUGGUCACUUAUUUUUGAAAUGUGGACAUUUGCGUGUACCGUUUGCCCUCGGCGUCGGUCGUUACGUGUGUCAAUUGCAAAGAGUGACACUAAAAUUCUGUAAAAAUCGUGGCGACAGCCUCGGAAUUAGGCAUUUCUUGGAAUACGAUUUGAUUAAUUACGCGAAAGAGAAUCCUGGAGUUGUGGUAUAUGUAAAACCAAGAAGACACAGGAGUCCAGUUAUAAAAGCAGAAUACUUGAAUGGAGAGACACAUUGGAAUUGUGUUGGUAAUUACACCCGAGAAGACAUUGUACAAUGGAUGGAAUUAUUAAGGACACAAUAUCAUGAAGGUCCAGCCCUCAGAUUACUCAAAUUGUGGCAUACAGAGUUCCCAUCUAUUCAAGGACCCUGGACACCUUUCACCUUUAAAGACCCAUCUUUAAAUCAAAAACAAUUCCCAGAUAAAAAACUUGCCGAACCUGCUGAAUUGAAGCCAACAGCAACAGAGGAAUUAAUCAGAUUGUUCAAGGAACAAGAAGCUGCAAAGCUCAAUGAAGAAGACAAAGUCCAAAGAAACUUAGGGUGAAUACUAUUAACAAACCUUUCUUUGUAAAUAUAGCAUGAAAGAAUAAAUAUUCAAAAUCAAUUAUAUACUUGCUAAAAUGAA